UGCAUUGGCUUUGAUAUUCUCGUCCACACUCUUCUCUGCGAACCCAAGACAUUAACACAUUAUCUUGCUCACAUAGAGAAGCUUGUAAAAACCAAAGUAAAUUGGAUUUGGAUUAUCAUAUAUGGAGCUGGAGAGAUAAAUUUAUUUGACUAAGAAGCAGCACCACAAUCAUGACUGUGAGCCUAUCGAAUGUAUUCAAAAGAUCUUAUGCAGUGAAGGGCAUCCUGUUUUUAUCAUGUAUCAUGUUGUUAUCACAUAUUAACUUUUACAAGCCCGAGAAAUUCGUCAAAAUGAUGAGCUCCAAGAUAGUGCCGCCCGCUUAUGAAGAUUUAGUGGGUCUCGACGCGGAUGACCCGAGAUUGAUCGAUUACAUCCGCCAACACGUCAUCGUGCCUCCCUCUACCGAACCCUACAAUUUGCAUUAUGGGAUCAACCAUGACCCUUCUGACGGCCAGGCAAAAGUAGUUGACGAACUACUAAAUCGAAAGCGAAAUGGCUUUUACAUCGAGAGUGGGGGCUUCACAGGCGAAGUUUUGAGCAACACCCUGUUUUUUGAAAUUAAACGAAAUUGGACCGGGAUCCUGAUUGAGCCGAACCCGAAGAACUUUAAAAAGUUAUUGUCUAGGAAUCGAAAAGCGCACUCAGCUAAGGCCUGCAUCGGAGAAAUAGAAGCUGCAGCCAAGGUUGUAUUUGUAAACCGGAAAGACAUCGGAAAGAUAUUCAAUGUUCAAGAUUCAAGCAACACCGGAGAGUCAUUGGACCUGAACAACGCAAUAUGUUUCCCGUUGUACUCGUUUCUGCUCGCGCUUGGCAAAACAACCGUCGACUACUUCAGCCUCGACGUCGAGAGUUCAGAGUACAAGGUCCUGCAAUCCAUUCCUUGGGACAAGGUUGAUAUCAAGACGUUAUCCGUGGAGUACAACAUCAUCCCAGAAGGAAAGCCUGCGCUGAUUGAUUUCAUGACGUCCAAAGGCUAUAUCCACUACAUGGAAUUGAACAGGCCCUAUACACACGACCUUAUAUUCGUCAAACAGGAAGUGUUGGAUCAUACAAGAGUGUCAUACAGAGAUCUGCCCAUUUUAAAUAGUAAUAACACGUACAUGUGGAUUAAACGUACGAAUUUUGAUUCGUAAUUUAAACAGGGGCAUCACUAGGUUUUAAGGACAUUGCAUGAAGCCUCCAGGAGACGCUCAGGAAAUGACCAUAAAACUAGGAUCGAGUGUUUUUUGAGUGUUUUUUGAACAUAUGAAUGAUCGAGUGUUUUUUGAACAUAUUUGGAGACCACAUUAAAUUGAAU